AUUCGAAUAGUUCUCGCAAAGAGUUAAAUCGCACUUUUCGAUACAGAAGUCACCAUGAAGUACCUCGCUGCCUACCUUUUGCUCACCCUCGGUGGUAACGCCACCCCCUCCGCCAAGGACAUCACCACCCUCCUCGGCACCGUCGGUAUUGAGGCCGAGUCUGAGCGUAUUGAGUCUUUGAUUGCCCAGCUCUCCGGCAAGGACAUCAACGAGCUCAUUGCUGAGGGUACCUCCAAGCUCGCCUCCGUCCCCAGCGGUGGUGCUGCUGCUGCCCCCGCUGCCGGUGGUGCUUCCGCUGCUGCCACUGAGGAGAAGAAGGUGGAGAAGAAGGAGGAGCCCAAGGAGGAGUCCGAUGACGAUAUGGGAUUCGGUCUUUUCGAUUAA